CGCUAAUUAACUCCUCCAGCUGUAAACCUGCAACACUUGGGUUGGAGGCUAGAGCUUGCAAACACCACCAGCGAAGACGUCGUGGCGCGCAUGUGGGCGGUCUCUGCACCCGGCGUCCCACCGCCACCGCUACUGUCGUAGUCCUAGAUCCGACCGCCUCACGAGCUACAUUCCCUCGAGGCCGGCCUUCCUGGUGUCUCAGCAGCGGCGGCGCAUGGCGAUGGCUGCGGGGCGUGGGCUCUUGGCCCUCUUCUCGGUCGUCGUAGUGGCUGGGCUCACCUCUGCGGCGAAUGGUCCUUUCCUGUCCGAUAGCGUCUUCCAGCCGAGCGCCGGAUCUACAGGGAGGAGCUUACUGCAGGCCAAGAACAGUUGCCCCGUGAACUUUGAGUUCCAAAACUACACAAUCAUCACAAGCAAGUGCAAAGGGCCAAAGUUUCCAGCCGGCCCAUGCUGUGCCGCACUCAAGGAGUUCGCGUGCCCUUACUAUACGUACCUCAAUGACGAGAGCAACGACUGUGCAUCGACAAUGUUCAGCUACAUCAACCUGUAUGGUAAGUAUCCACCGGGCCUGUUCUCCAGCGAGUGCAAAGAAGGCAAGCAGGGGCUCUCUUGCGCAGAUGUCCUCGAGAGAGACAGUGCCACUGCAAGCAGUGGUCAUCACGCUCAAAUCAGCUUGCUUGCGUUGAUUACUGUCUUGAGUGUGGUAGUAGCGUUGUUCCACUGAACUAUAUAUGCAUUCUCCCCAAAUAUGGUGUGUUACAACUAAUGAGGUUUGAAUUGCACCUUUUGGUGCUCAUGGUGGGUGGGAUUCUAGGUUCUUCCUUUUUGUGUGUAAAGUCUCACAUAAUGUUAUUCAUGGCCUAUUGCAUACUUUUUUAAUUCAAUUUAAUAUCGCAGCGGGUCUGAUUAAGGCUA